AUGCAGCCCUCACCACCUCCUGUCAGUCGCCCGAAAACACCCCCAGACGCCAACCAGAACGAUCCCGUCUUCUUCUUCAAAGCCAACGAACAGAAUGGCGCCUUUUGCCAGUGGUACCCUGCCACCUUCACCGUCACCAAGCAAGAAAUGUCCGACCUAGUGGGCCACGAGAUAGACCCCGACGACCCCUGGACACCCAUCUACUUCAACUGCGCCGAGCAGUUCAUGAUGUACUGCAAAGCCGGCCGCUUCCGUGACAAGACGACUCAGCAACUCAUCCUCGCGACAAAGGACCCGAAAGAGCAAAAGCGGAUCGCGAGCAAAGCCAAGGGCUUCGACGCACAGAGCUGGGACAAAAUCAAGAGCCAGGUCGUUGUGGCUGGCAGCAUAGCCAAGUUCGAACAGAACCCCAAGCUGCGAAACCUGCUUCUCGACACUAGAGACCGGCUGCUCGUUGAGGCGGCAUCGGAGGAUCGGGUAUGGGGCAUUGGACUCACUGCAAAAGAGGCCAUGAUACCACAGAACAGGAAAGAAUGGGGGGAGAACAGACUGGGAAAAGCGCUGAUGGAAGCAAGGAAGCACUUGCGUGACAAUCGGGUUUGAAGCUCGUGGUUGUGACUGUACAUGAGAAUGGGAC